GUCGGUUGUUGUCACCCACAGAGGGAUUUACCAGCAGGGAGCAGUCCCGCAUCAGGGAGCUGCCCGCACAGCGCUGGCCCUGCAGACCCUCCGCCUCUGCUCUCAGCUGCUCCACCUGCCUCUGAGUGCCGCCUUCCAAGUCCCCUGUCCUCCCUGCAAACUCUCUUUGGCUUCCUGUAGGCAUCUAGCUCCCAGCAGGAAUGGUAAUGAAGACACUGAUUCUAACGCUGGUUCUGGUCGCAGCAGCUGGGGCAGAGGAGAAGAAUAAGUUGGUGCAAGGGACAUCUUGUGACAAGAGCUCCCACCCCUACCAAGCGGCCCUCUACCACUCGGGCCAGUUGUUCUGUGGAGGGGUCCUCAUUCACCCAGAGUGGGUGCUCACCGCUGCUCACUGCAAGAAACCGAACCUUCAGGUCUUUCUGGGGAAGCACAACCUGCAUAAGUCCGAGAGCUCCCAGGAGCACAUCUCUGUUGUCCAAACCGUGUCCCACCCUGGCUACACCGCGGCCACCCACGACCAGGACAUCAUGCUGUUACGUUUGGCACGCCCAGCCCAUCUCUCAGACCUCAUCAAGCCCCUUGCCCUGGAGAGGGACUGCUCCUCCAGCGAAACCAGCUGCCAGAUUCUAGGCUGGGGGAAGACAGCUGAUGGGAAUUUCCCUGACACCAUCCAGUGCGCCCACGUGCACCUGGUGCCCCGGGAAGAGUGUGAGCGUGCCUACCCGGACCAGAUCACGCCAAACAUGGUGUGCGCCGGGGACGAGAAGUACGGGCGAGAUUCCUGCCAGGGUGACUCCGGGGGUCCCCUGGUGUGUGGAGACCGUCUCCGAGGCCUUAUUUCCUGGGGCAACAUCCCCUGUGGGUCAAAAGAGAAGCCAGGAGUCUACACCAACAUCUGCCGAUAUUUCAAUUGGAUCCAAAACAUCAUCAAGGGCAGGAGACGCUGCCAGGAAACAUUCAAAGGUUGACACCUCCCACCUCACUGGCUGGUUCCAGAUGAUCUCCCAACAAGUUCUUGCCUUUUCUACCCCCCACCCCCACCCGUAUUUAAUCCUUGAUCUUAAGGAAGGUGGUGACAAGAGAACAGGCAUUCUCCCCAAUUUUACCCCAGUGCCAGGCUUGCAUCACCAGGAUCCCAGGAAAGAUAAGACACCCACCUCUCAGAGGAUUCAGGGAAAGUCCUUUGCCCUGCACAUUCCAUGGCCUUAAUUUCUUCCUACCACGGAGUAGUUAGUUACAAGCCUAGACGAACCUCAAAUGGCAUUCCAGUUCCUCCACUUACCUGUGUGUCCUUGUGAUGACGUCCUUCAUGGUGUAGAUGCUCUUACCUAUGAAAUAAAGAUAUAUGACAACU